AUGAGACAUUCCACUUUGGCUAUCCACCAUGACCAUCAUCCACUACGGCCGCCAUCCACUACGGCCACCAUCCACUACGGCCACCAUCCACUACGGCCACCAUCCACUACGGCCGCCAUCCACUACGGCCACCAUCCACCAUGGGUCUCCUAUCUUGACUACUCCUAUCUUGACUACCCACUACAACCACCACCAACCAUGAGACUCUCCUACAAGAACCGCGACCAUCAUUUUGUCAUAUCACAGAGACACAAAGGUUUCCACGGCUUUCCAAUCAACUCUUCUCUCUUUCUUGUCAGCAUCAAGUCCCACGGCCAACCUGCAAAGAAGGCCUGCCUUGAGGAACUUCAACUUCUCGGUCAAACCAAUAUCCACUACAGACCAACCCAUACAAGCCAGCAACUCGUGCAAAGCUUCCGGAUCAGGUAG